AUGCACCCCCCGGAUCCCUUCCCCUCCCCAAAACCCACAGCCGCCGCCGCCGCCACCUCCCAGUCCCCAAAAGGAGAGAAGCAAAUGCGCAGGGGCCGCUGCCGCCUCCCUGCCGAGCGUGUGUCCGCGGCGCGGCGGUCCGGGCAGGAGGGCGGAUCAACACGCCACCGGCUCCCCCGGCGACAGCGCGCAAGAGUGCGAGGCCGGGACCCGGGGCGCGCCGCCGCCAGCGGCAGCCGGGCGUCGGGAGAAGGGCCGACUGGGGAGGGAGGAGCGAGGCGGGCUGCGGGCUGCGGGGCUGGUGUGGUCCCGGCGGCGGACGGGGUCCGGAAUAAGGAGGUGGGGAGGGAGAUGAGCCCGCACCGCGCGUCACUGGCAAGAAGCCGCCGCCGCCGCCGCCAGCACCGCCGCCGCCAUCUUCACUUCUGCCCCAGUUUCUCCGUCUCGCAGGCUCCGCUCCCGAGCCGCGGGGGAGGGGCGAACGGGAGGAGGAGGAGGAGGGAGGAGACCGGCGGGCGGGGGCACGGCUGCGAGGGGGCGGGGCUCCGGGAAACGGGCGGUAAGGCCCUUUCGAUUGGGCGGCUCAACGUUGUCGGGCCACGACGCUGUAAGGCGCGUGCGGAUUGGUCCGUUCUGAUCCCGAGCCCAGCCCCCUGGGGGUGGGAUAUCUCCGGAGUGAGUGUUCCGGAGAGCACGUGUUAAGGGAAGAGGAGGCGGAGGGGGAACCAGUUCAUAGCUUUCUUCUCAAAGGCUUCUACAGCUGCUUCAGAAAAUCAAGUACCUCUUUCAAGACAAAAAAAAAAGUGAAGGAGACCCCAUCAUGGUGCAGCAGAAACGAGUCCGAUUAGGAACCAUGAGGUUGCAAGUUCGAUUCCUGGC